AUGAGUGCACAUGUAAGAACAAGAUCCAAGUCUACAGGAAGGAGAGCUCAUCGAGAGUCUUCCCAGCCAGUUGGACCUGUGGUUGCUCAGCAGCCCAGUGAUGAACAACCUCAACUAGAGGAACCACCAACUGAGAAUCAGGAUAUUAUACCUACUUAGGACAUUGAUGAUGAAGGAGCACCUGCAGUUCAAGGGCCUGAUGUGGAAGCUGAUCAACAAGAACUGACUCUGCUGAAGACUGUGGAUGAGCCUGGAGAUGGUCUUGCUGUCAAGGAAGAGAUUCUGCCAAGUCUAGAGCCUAUUAAAAUGCCAGAAACAGGUUUGUUAUCCAUUAAGAUGCAAAUUAUUGAAUUAUUAAUUUCCACACUGAGGACCACAACAGGGCGAGCGAUUGCCUCCCGGGUAUGGGGGCGGAGUCAGAAACCGUACUGGGCGGUGAUUGGUCACGGCAAGAUCGCCGGAUUAAGCACUUCCGGGACGCAGAGUGGCACCGGAUGGACCCUCGUUGUUCCUGCCUCCCUCUUCGGCUAG